AUGGGGCAGGAAGCACAGACCUCUCCGCCGCGGCGGCCAUGGGGUUCUCUCUUCUCCCGGAAGUCUAAUGGAGAGCAGGAUUCUCGCGAGAAAACCCCUUCCAAAUGGACAUUGGGCAUAUUGGAGGACAAGGAGACAAUCGAAGUCCCAGGCUCCGUACUGCUGCUAGCAUCUGACCACAAUGAACCUCUUGGGUUACGGAAUGCUCCGGCAAGGACAUCCCACUCGUCUAUCCCUACUGGCGUAAUCAACCAGCUGCCGGAUGAACCGCAAGAAGCUCCGAAGAAGAAGACCCCGGAUGGCAAGAUCAUCCUGGACCCUCAGCCCGAGGACUCGGCCAACGACCCGCUCAACUGGCCCGCGUGGCGGCGAGACAUCGCCCUGCUAUCGUUGGGGCUCUUCUGCAUGGUGGGUGGCGGCACCACCCCCUUGCUUGCGGCCGGCUUUACAGACGUGGCCGAGGAGUAUGGUGUUGAUGUACACGACGUCUCGCUCACCACCGGCCUUUACAUGUUGGGCAUGGGUCUUGGGUCCAUCAUCUUCUCCCCUACCGCCAUUCUGUGGGGAAAGCGGCCAGUCUACCUUUUCGGUGCUGUACUGUACAUGGCCACCUCGAUUUGGUGCGCCCUCUCGCCCAACUUCACCUCGCUCGUUUUAGCCCGUAUCUUCCAGGGCAUCGCAGUCAGCCCGGUCGAAUGCCUGCCAUCGGCGACGAUUGCCGAAAUCUUCUUCCUUCACGAGCGUGCUUUCCGGAUCGGAAUCUAUACGCUCCUUCUGCUUGGCGGCAAGAACCUUGUUCCCUUGGUUAGCGCUGGCAUCAUCCAGAGCAUGGGAUGGCGUUGGGUAUUUUGGAUUGUCGCUAUUGUGGUCGCCUUCUGUGGCUUCCUCCUGUUCUUCUUCGUCCCUGAGACAUUCUGGGACCGCGCCCCCCAACCUCGGAAGCUCAAGAAGUCAAAGUCGAGGCCAACUAUCUUCCGACGCUUCUCGUCUAGGCCGGAUGUCUUGCAUGCCACGCCAAUCCCAACCGCGCGGCCAUCAUUCGAACGCCCGGAGCAUGGCCCGACCACGCCGCUUACACCGGGCACACGCGCGAAAGGCCAACACGUCGCAUUCGCUCCGGAGGAGAAGGUGAAGUUUGCCGACACGUCAAGCGAAUCAUCCGCGAGCGGGUCCGCAGCAGAAAAAGCCGCCGACAACGCACCGGCGGCUAGUGACCAGAAGGCGGCUACCCAGGACCCCGCCCCCAUGGAGGAGUAUUUCCCAGCAACUGUUACCAUUCAACCGCCUUCUCCCACCAAGCUGCAGGUGCCCGAGACACCUAAGACGCCCAAGACGCCCGAGACACCCUCACUCCACCCCAAUGCUGCUCGCAGCCUACACCCCGACACCGACACGGAAUCACAAUCCAUCCACAGCUACCAAACGACCGGUCACUUGGCUUACACGGCAGCCCUGCGCGACCAGCCGGCCCGUUCCUUCACUCAAUCGCUCAAGCCGUACAACGGGCGUUUGAACAAGGACAAGUGGCACAAGGUUGCCCUCAGGCCGCUGAUCCUUUUCAGCUACCCUGCUGUUCUCUGGUCUUCGGUAGUGUACGCCUGCUCGGUUGGGUGGCUUAUUGUCAUCUCGGAAUCCGUGGCGGUCAUCUACCGCGAAGGGGUUUACGAGUUCAACGCGCUUCAAACGGGUCUCGUCUACAUUAGCCCCUUCAUCGGUGGCAUCCUCGGCUCCGCGGUGGCGGGCAGGGUUUCAGAUGUCAUUGUCAAGGCAAUGGCGCGACGGAACGGCGGCCUGUACGAGCCCGAGUACAGGUUGGUCAUGGCCAUCCCCAUCGCCAUCACGACUGUUAUUGGUCUCAUGGGUUUUGGUUGGUCCGCCCAGAUCCACAACCACUGGAUGGUGCCGACGGCCUUCUUCGGUAUCAUCUCGUUUGGCUGCACCAUGGGCUCAACGACGAGCAUCACGUUCUGUGUCGACAGCUACCGACAGUACGCAGGCGAAGCCCUGGUCACACUGAACUUCAGCAAGAACGUGUUGCACGGACUGGUUUUUAGCUUGUUCGUGACCGGAUGGCUGUCAGAUGACGGGCCCAAGGCCGUGUACAUCUGGAUCGGCAUCAUCCAGCUGAUCUUGCUGCUUUUUACCAUCCCCAUGUACAUCUACGGCAAGCGGCUGCGCAUGUGGACGGUGCGCAAGAACUUCAUGGAGCGUUUCUAA